ACUUGGGUACCGCCUCCCCUGCAACGCCGGGGCCGGAGUCUUAGAACCCAGGGCCCGCAGGGGUCCCCGCGGCCGCCGCAAUGCAGAAAUACGAGAAACUGGAGAAGAUUGGGGAAGGCACCUAUGGAACUGUAUUCAAGGCCAAAAACCGGGAGACCCAUGAGAUUGUGGCUCUGAAAAGGGUGAGGCUGGAUGAUGAUGAUGAGGGUGUGCCGAGUUCUGCCCUUCGGGAGAUCUGCCUACUCAAGGAGCUGAAGCACAAGAACAUCGUCAGGCUUCAUGAUGUUCUGCAUAGUGACAAGAAGCUGACUUUGGUUUUUGAGUUCUGUGAUCAGGACCUGAAGAAGUAUUUUGACAGCUGCAAUGGUGACCUCGAUCCUGAGAUUGUGAAGUCAUUCCUUUUCCAGCUGCUGAAAGGCCUGGGAUUCUGUCAUAGCCGCAACGUGUUGCACAGGGACCUGAAGCCCCAGAACCUCCUCAUAAACAGGAAUGGGGAGCUGAAGUUGGCUGAUUUUGGUUUGGCUCGAGCCUUUGGGAUCCCAGUCCGCUGUUACUCUGCUGAAGUGGUGACACUGUGGUACCGUCCACCGGAUGUCCUCUUUGGGGCUAAACUGUACUCCACGUCCAUCGACAUGUGGUCAGCUGGCUGCAUUUUUGCAGAGCUGGCCAAUGCUGGGCGACCUCUUUUCCCUGGUAACGAUGUGGAUGACCAGCUGAAGAGGAUCUUCCGGCUGCUGGGGACACCAACUGAGGAGCAGUGGCCCGCCAUGACUAAGCUGCCAGACUACAAGCCCUACCCAAUGUACCCGGCCACAACAUCCCUGGUGAAUGUCGUGCCCAAGCUCAAUGCCACAGGGAGGGACCUGUUGCAGAACCUCCUGAAGUGUAACCCUGUCCAGCGUGUCUCAGCGGAGGAGGCCCUGCAGCACCCCUACUUCUCUGACUUCUGUCCCCCCUAGGCUCUGGGACCCCUGGAUGCCAGGCCAGGGCCUGGCCUAUUUAAGCCCCCUCGUGGGAGGGGUGGGAAGGGGGGUGCUGAGCUCCAGCUGUGCUGGGCCUGGCCAGGGUCAAGGUACCCUGGCCUGCAAUCUUCACUUCCCCCAUGGACUUUAUUUAAUUUCAUAAAUUGGCUCCUUUCCCACAGUCUGCUGAUGUAGUGGUGGGGUGGCUCUGAAGUGGGUUCUGGGGGAUCCCUGCUCCACUUUUACCACCCUCUGCAGCCCCUCAUCCAGCUCAGGCAUGCCCUACUCUCUGCUACUCUAAGUGGCUUUGAGACUACAGGAUCAUGAGGCCUUGACCCUUGACCCCACUCCUCCCUGCUGGGGUCAAGGCGGUGUUGGCCUUGCACUUCUGUACACCCCAUCCUCCCUCUGUCCAGGAAGGCCAGACAUAGUCCCCAGGGGUUAAGCAGCUAGCAUCUGAGAUCAAAGAUGGCUUCCACCAGAAUGAGGAGAAAAGGCAUGGGUCUCUCCUUGUGGCCCUCCACGUCCCACAUGGACCUUUCCCUCUUCAACACCCCAUAUCCAAGCCUGCAGGCUGGCGGGGAGAGACCCAAAGGUAUGGUUCUAUGAGGAACACUCCCUCUCCCACUUCCUUCUCUGCCAGUUUUCCAGUGGUUGGGGGUGCGGCAGAAGCAGGAAAUGGGCCUGAGGCCGGCCUGGUGUGUCCUUCCUGGCAGGAGGAGGAAGGGAGGCUGCUCUCAGCUCCAUCAUUUCCAGCUAGGGCCGCCUUCUCCUGUGGGGAGUUGAGGAAGCAAGAACUGCUCCCAUGGAGACAGGCUGUGUGCCACGCUUGGUCCCAAAUGUGAGAAGAACCAUGGCCUUCAAAGGCAGGACACCAGCUUGUGUUCUUAGAAGUGGAAGAGCCCUUCUCUCAUCCCCAUUCCUCCUCACCACUUCUCCCUGGGCUCUGGGUCAGAGUCUUCUUGCAGCUGUACCCAGCCAGUACCUACUGACCGAGCCUCCUCUAGGCCAUCACACCUGAGCCCUGGGGUUGGGAGAGACCUGUCCUCUGAUGUCUUCUGAUAAACUCAUUCACACUGAGGUGCAAA